AUCAACAGGCCUUGAACGAUAACUCUUUGACAGGAAUUUAAAAGAACUUGUCUUAGAACGUUUUGGUUUUUUCAAAUAAAAUAAAUUACCAGUUUUUAGGUGAUAAAACGAAGCUGCUUAUUAACUAUCGAUGGACUGCCUGGCCAACCUAGACAGUAUCGUAGUCAACCAGAACAUAGAUGCAAUGGAGUUCUUCACCAGCUUCAGCAGCAAUAGAAAGUACUCUGUUCGCAGUAAUCCAAAGGCGGAAGCGAUCCUCUAUGCCGUGCAGGAUAAUAAGUUCGCGGAUCGCCAAAUUAGGCCAAAUUAUUUUUUCACCAUAAAGGUCAUGACCAAGGGGAUGACUCAGGUGAUGCACGUGGACUCGCCGAGGCCGGACGCCUACUUUAAGCAGCCCCGAAUUGAGGUAUACGCACCACCCGGAAACAUGAUCGCCAUCGUCAAGCUGCACAGCAUGGCCUGUCCCCGCACUCUGCACGUCCUGAAAAACAAGGACAGUGAGGUAGAGUACGUUAUCAAUGCUCCGGGAGGAUGUUGCGGAGGAGGCAGUUUAUACCAUGUGGUCGAUGCUAAGAAAAAGGAAGUAGCUCAAAUCGAAAAGAUAAUUACCGGAGCAUUCAAAGAAAUGUAUACAGGUGCCGAUGACUUUAAAGUGAAUUUCAAGGGUUUGGAUAAUCGCACAAAGACGAUUUUACUGGGCACCGUCUUCUUCCUUGACGGCUUAUUCUAUGAAAGAUCACGUGCACGAAAAGUAAUAGGAGUAGUAUAUUAAUCUUAUUUUCGGUUACGUUAUACAACUAUUGUGAAUUGUUGUGUAAAUUUUAAAUA